UUGUGUAGGCUACAUCAACAUUGGGCAAUUCAACCCGGACUGGUGGUGCCGUGCCGUGCCACACACAUCAUUUAACAGGCCAAGGAACCCCUGAAGCAGCACCAAGCAAACAGAAGAUACCAGGAAAAUAGCUAAUUACCAGUGGUGGCAAUAAGUACAAUGAGCUACAUGGCAACUGCUAAAAAGUGCCAAAAGAAGAGACGAGCUGCACUGUAAUAGGUCCAUGAUGGCAGAGAAAUUGUCCGAUAUUGUGACUUUCUUGAGAGGUCGAGGUGUCUCGGAUUAAACACUCAACCUGAUUGAAGAGCAAAAGAUUGACAGAGAGGUCAUCCUGCUAAUGGAAGAUGCUCAACUGGCAGACUAUCUUCCAUUGUAUGGAGACAGGAUUGCUCUGUACAGUUUUUGCAAGCGUCACACACACUCAUCAAAGCGAAAACAGGGUCUUUUUGAGAAACUAAGGGAAAAGCUCAAACUUAGAAAGGAAAACCACAAUGGGGAGGAUAUGCCAGAAACUUCCAACAAAACAAGAAAAAGAGCAAAACAGUCCAUAAGAAAUAUUGAAAUAGGAUGGAUUCACACUGACAAUGAAGUAACAAAACAGGUCAGAGCAAAGCAAGGUGGGGGGACAAGGAAGGUCACAAUUAACAUUCAGGCAGGUUUUGAUGAGAUCCUAAAACAAGGAAAGGCCCUCUUCUUUCCAGAAGGAGAAUCAAGUAAAGGUCAUGCAUCUGAUUUUGAAUUUGAAGUUUGGGAUUUCAAGCAAAAUCCUCUUCCUAAAGAUGUUUCCAUCGAAAUGAUAUACAGUACUGUCAAACUCCCAACUUUGCGCUUCUACAUAGCAACUCAGCCAAAACCAGUUCUGAGUGAGGAGUCUGAUGAUGACCCUGGCUAUGAUGGUUAUGUCUCUGAGCCUGAUUUUGUGCCAGCUGCUGAAGGGUCAACACAGGAGUUCACAAUGGACAGAAAUUAUCAGUUAGAUCUUACAGAUGAACAUCACAACUCCCUUCAAGACGUGUUCAUUAUUUCUGAAGAAAGCAUCACAGAGUCUUCCGUAACCAGUGCAAGCGCCACUCAUGUAGCAAGCACAUUUGACAACAUAAUCAGUGAUCCCAUCAGUUUGUCUUUGGAUACCAACUAUGGUGUUUUAGAGGAUGUAUCAGAAGUGAUAGAAGCAGAAACCUCUGACCCUGAGAUAAUUUUUGGUGCACAGCAAAGAGUAGAUGAUGACUCUCUCAGUGACACACUGAUCUAUCAGCCUGAUGAGUUACCUCAAAGCCCUCUUCAUACUUUGCCUGAUAUGACUUUGGUCUUACACCACUCAAACAGUUUCAGUGAAAUGAUAGAGGCAUUUUCUGAUCCUGACAUUAUGAACAAAACAUUGAAAGUGAGACGUCUACUGCCUGACAACACAGUAGAAAAAGGCAGUGGGUCUGGUGUAGUCAGAGAUGUCUAUAGUAGCUUCUGGGUGGAGUUUUAUGAGCGAUGCACCCUUGGAACAACUUUGAAAGUGCCUUUUCUCAGGCAUGAUUUCUGUGCUGCUACAUGGAAAGCAGUAGGGCGAAUUCUUCUGAAAGGAUUUAAAGAUUGCCAGUACUUGCCAAUCAAGCUAGCUCCACCUUUUCUAGAGGAAAUGCUUUUGGGGGCAGUGCACAGUGACCUGAAGACAAGCUUUCUUCAGUUUGUGAGCUGCCAAGAGCAGGAUGUCCUCAGACAUGCUUUGGAUGAUUUUUCUUCUGUUGAUGAUGAUGACCUCCUAGAAGUGCUUAACAGUUAUGAGUGUAGGAAGAGGGUCACUGCUGCUUCUCUGCCAGAAAUCUUGGAGGAACUAGCUCACAAAGAACUUGUGCAAAAACCAAUGUAUGUCAUUGACUGCUGGAGGGAGAUCACACAGUCACAGAUGCAUCUCAACUCUGAGGAACUGAGCAAACUGUACAGUGACCUCAAACCAACACCAAAGAAAGUGGUAGGGAUAUUAAACUUUCCUACAGGGAUGGCAUCGAAGGAAGCAGAGGUGGCCCAGCACUUGAAAAGAUACAUCAGGGAACUUAAUGAGGAAAAGCUUGCAAGAUUUUUGAGGUUUUGCACUGGCUCUGAUUUGUUGGUGUCUGGUUGUAUCAAGGUGGAGUUUACAGUUCAGACCAAUUUCACAAGGAGACCAAUAGGACGUACAUGUGGGAUGCUCUUGCAACUGUCUGACAGCUACGAUCAUUUUCCUGACUUCCGCAGUGAGUUCAAUUCCAUUCUAGAGAGCAACAUCUGGAUAAUGGAUAUCAUUUAGGCAGGAAUUGCCAAAUGUUGUUGUUUGAUGUUUCCACUUCAAACUGUACUGACACAAUUCACACACCUCCUUAAAGACUGUGUCUAAUAGAAAAUUUUGUUCUGUGACACUGUUCAAUAGUAUUUUGAUUAUUACUCAAAUUGUUAAUAUUGCUAAUGGUUGAAGCUGCUGGGUUCCAUUCAUAGUGGAUGAAUGGAUUAUAAAAGCAUUUUUUUUUUUUUUUGGUUAUUUGCAGAUUCCUUGCAUAAAACGGUUUUAUUAUGAAUGUCCAUUAUUUCUAGUUAUUGUUAUUCUGACAGACCAGCUAAAGCAUA